GAGAGAGAGAGAGAGAGAGAGAGAGAGAGAGAGAGAGAGAAGGAAGGGAGCGUGUGGAGACAAAGAAACAUAAAGGGAAAAGCCGAAGGGAGGAGGACUUCCCUUUUUCCGUAGAAAGUUAAACAACCUUCCAUGGCUCCUCUGAUUCUAUUAUCUGUAUAAAGAAACCCUUCCUUCGUCACUGAGAUCAUCACUUGCAAGAAGCCAAAAGUACUGAAAGAUCCUCUCUCUCUCUCUCCCUCUCUCUCUCUCUCUUCAUUUAUUAAAACACACCACAAGCUGCCGCCAAUGUUGCUUAGGAGCUCCAUUUACCACACCAAGAAGUUCUUCCAGAAAACCCUAGGGAGCUUGAAGAACUUCUUCUCUGACGGAAGCUACCAAAAGCUCCCAAAAUCCCCUACUUUCCACAGCUACGACAACCCCUUUCCCCAUGCUUCUGCUUCUACUUCUGUUUCUGUCGUUGACAACAUGAAUAAUCUCCACGCCACAACAUACAAAGACUUGGACAAGUUGUACACCGACUUCACAGACCAAUGGGAUUCAAAAAUCGAAAACAUCAGGCGAUCGACGAACAAGAAGAAACAUCCCUCCACACCCGCCAAAUCACAACAUCUUCAUGAAGAUCAUGUUCAAAACCCUUCAAGCUUAUCUCCACGGCCACUCAAUUCACAUCCUGCAGCUGCAGGUUCUCCUCCUGCAAAGAUUGAAACCUUUUCAAAGGAAUCGAGGGCCGUGGGAAGGGGUUGUUUAGUGGAACAGAAGCUGAAGGAGUUGGAGAUGUUGGACGUGAGCAAUGUAGAUCAUGUUUUGGACAUCGAAGAGGUUCUUCAUUAUUAUUCUAGACUCACUUGUCCUGCCUAUUUAGAAAUUGUGGAAAAGUUUUUCAUGGAAAUGUAUUCGGAGUUUUUCUCUCCGGCAGCCGCAACUCCGGCGCGCAGCGUCAAUUCUGGCCUGAGGCCGAGGUCUGUGAGGUCCUAACUAAACUUUUGGAAAUUUGAGAGAUGGGAAAAAAGUUACUAGUGAUUAAAUCAUUCCACUUGUAUUUAAACGUCUCAUCAGUUAUUGUACUUUACAUUCUAUUAUUCUUAUGUUAGUUUGUGGUCGACAUUUGUUUCAAUUGUUUGUAUGUGUGACAACCUCUCUCUGAACAAUCUGAUUUCUUGAUUCAUUCUUCUU